AGGAGGAUUAGGGAGGGGAGGAGGCGGCGGCUCUGGGGCAGGGAGGGCGAGGAGCUGCGCUCCAGAAGCCGCCCUGCCGCCGCCGCCGCCGCCUCUCUCUCCCCUCCGCCGGGCGGAGGUGACGCGGUCCCGUCUCGCGCUCCUUCCGGGGCCGGCGCCUCCGCGUCCCCGGGGGGUGGAGGCUUCUCCGCCGCUGGGGCCGAGGCCGAGGCCGGCGUCACCGCCCGCGCCGGGGAUGUAGCGCCCGGGAAGCGGCCCCGUCAGAGCCCUCGGCCCGCGCCGCUGCCACCGCCGGAGCCCGACCCUGAAGUUACUGCACCAAAGCAGGACUACGUGUGCUGAAAGUGGUUCUCCCACAUACUGCCUUUUAUUGUAGCGUCUACCAUCAAAGGGAGGUCUCUGCCCCUUAGGACUGGGAAGCUUCAACUUUCAAUCAUACUGAAGUGGCUGGUUGUGGGGGUGCCAACCAGAUGUCUUCCUGCAAAGGAUCUGUGGUGGGGCAGGGCAAUGGGGCACCAGCCAGUAGCCGAGAAGCAGACACAAUGGAGCUCGCUGAGCUAGGACCUCUACUGAUAGAGAAGGGUAAACGAAUGACCCCCAAUUCCACCAAAGUUGAAGAAGAGCAAACAUGCCCUGUACCUCAAGAAGAAGAGGAAGAGGUGCGGGUAUUGACAUUGCCCCUACAAGCCCACCAUGCCAUGGAGAAGAUGGAGGAAUUUGUAUAUAAGGUAUGGGAAGGCCGCUGGCGGGUCAUCCCAUAUGAUGUGCUCCCCGACUGGCUAAAGGACAACGACUACCUUCUCCAUGGUCACAGACCCCCCAUGCCUUCUUUCCGUGCCUGUUUUAAGAGCAUCUUCCGUAUCCACACUGAGACUGGCAAUAUUUGGACCCAUCUGCUUGGUUUUGUGCUGUUUCUCUUUUUGGGAAUUUUGACCAUGCUCAGACCAAAUAUGUACUUCAUGGCCCCUCUACAGGAAAAAGUGGUGUUUGGAAUGUUUUUUCUGGGUGCUGUGCUCUGCCUCAGCUUCUCUUGGCUCUUUCACACUGUCUAUUGUCAUUCAGAAAAAGUCUCUCGGACAUUUUCCAAAUUGGACUAUUCAGGGAUUGCUCUACUGAUCAUGGGGAGCUUUGUCCCCUGGCUCUAUUAUUCCUUCUACUGCUCUCCACAGCCACGGCUCAUCUACCUCUCCAUUGUCUGUGUCCUGGGCAUCUCGGCCAUCAUUGUGGCCCAGUGGGACCGUUUUGCCACACCCAAACACCGGCAAACAAGAGCAGGAGUGUUUCUGGGACUUGGUUUGAGUGGGGUUGUGCCCACAAUGCACUUCACUAUUGCAGAAGGCUUUGUUAAGGCCACAACAGUGGGCCAGAUGGGCUGGUUCUUCCUCAUGGCUGUGAUGUACAUCACUGGAGCUGGGCUAUAUGCUGCCCGCAUCCCUGAGCGCUUCUUUCCUGGCAAAUUUGACAUAUGGUUCCAGUCACAUCAGAUUUUCCACGUCCUGGUGGUGGCUGCAGCCUUUGUCCACUUUUAUGGCGUCUCCAACCUUCAGGAAUUCCGUUAUGGCCUUGAAGGCGGCUGCACUGAUGACUCCCUUCUCUGAGUUUACUUACUACAGGGAUAGAGGAGGAGCUUCCCAAGUGCUUUUUAAAAACUAUUUCUUUGCUGAAGCGAAAGGAAGACUUGAGUUGUCUGUUUCUGGAAGAAACCUCUUAGUAAAUUCCAUACCAACUGAGCCUCAGCCCAUUUUGUCACUCAAUGGACUAUCAACUCUCAAUUUCCAUAGCUAGGACUGGAAGGAGUGACCUGUCCUGUCGUUCCUGUCCUUUCUCAGAACAGCAACCAGUCGCCUCACAUGGACAGUGUUUUGAAACUCAUGUUGAAAUUCCCUUCCACCUUCCUUUCUCCAGUUAUUUUGGAAAUAACUAAAGAACUGGGUCUCUUCCAAAAUUCUGUUUCUGGAAGAAAUUUCCCCUCAUUCCUACUUUGUAACCUGGCUUAGAGCUGUCCACUCUUUUCAUAGCACACUUUUGAAAACAACCAUAACUUGGUCCCAACUUUCCAGGGCCUGGAUCUACAUAUAUUGUAGGAACAAAGCCACCCACUUUUACCAAGCCGGCUAAUCAUGGAAGUGUGUCAGGCUUCAUCUAACUUGUUUUAAUUCCCCUACCCACCACCAUUAUUCCCCCAGCAGAGUAAUGUAAAAUUAAAGUGAAAGAAAAUAUUUAAUAUUUAAUUACUAAGCUUUAAAAGGGAGCCCUGUUAUCAUUGCUGUGUAUUUCAGUGCAAAGACUGAUCAUAUAAAGAGGACUUAUGGUAUUUUAGGGGGAGUUUAGGGCCGUUAAAAUUGCCUAGGGUUGUCUAAUAAAGAGGUCAUUCCAUGCCUUCCUGUGCUUUUUUGAAAAGCUAAACCAGCAUCUGUUGACCAAAUGAUUAAAAAGUAGCUGAAGGUGUUUCAAGGCUUAUAGAUUUGUGUUGCUGGGAAACCAGCCAUUAAUUUCAAAUGACAGAAUCAUUAACUAUUUUAUCUGAAGGAAUUUUUUAACAGUCUAGAGUCAACAUACUAUAUCCUUAAAAUGAAACCCACCUGGAGA